GAGAGCGAGAGUGUUGUCAAGGGAGGUGGCGCAUCACACUACAGUCUGGAGGAUCAUAAAGCUCAUGGCACUACUGUGUGGUAGAGGAGUAGUCUAGUCUUACUUGCAACCUAAGCCAUGGGUAAACCUGAUUUUUCACCCCGUGGUGGUGGCGGUGGUUUCCGUGGAGGCCGUGGUGGAGGAGGAGGCCGUGGUGGAUUUUCGCCAGGAGGCCGUGGUGGAUUUUCGCCAGGAGGCCGUGGUGGAUUUUCGCCAGGAGGCCGAGGUGGAUUUUCACCAGGAGGUCGAGGUGGUUUCCGUGGAGGCAGAGGUGGCCGUGGAGGGGACCGUGGUGGUUCCCGAGGCCGUGGUGGACGAGGUGGAGGAAGAGCAACACUGGUAUGCCUACUGGGUGUCAUGAUUGCUUGGCAGAUACGAGAUAUGGUAAUUAAGAGAUCAAAACAUGAUUCACAGACACAGCUAGCUCCUAAGACAGAAUGGAACUGAACACGUAUUCACGAAGGCUGGGA